GGAUGUCAGUGGGAAUUCAGGAUGGGUGAUAGAGGUCAAACAGAGGCUUUUGUCACAUUAGCUACGAAUGAUACAUAUGCUUUGGGAUGUCUGGUACUUGCAAACUCAUUGCGGCAUGUUCAUACAACACGCCGUAUCGUCAUCAUGGUCACAAGCGGGGUUUCCGAGUCAACAAGAAACCAGCUGAGUCGCAUGUUUGAUGAAAUCGUGGAGGUUGAUGUGCUGGACAGCAGGGAUGCAGUCAAUCUACAAUUACUGGGUCGACCCGACCUCAGCGUUACAUUUACCAAACUGCACUGCUGGCGCCUCACGCAAUUCAACAAGUGUGUCUUCAUGGAUGCAGAUACGAUGGUUAUUCAGAAUGUGGAUGAAUUGUUUGAUAGAGAAGAACUCUCGGCGUCUCCAGAUGCAGGGUGGCCCGACUGCUUCAACUCUGGUGUCUUCGUCUUCAGACCAAAUGAGGAGACAUAUAGGUCCUUAAUCCAGUUCGCAAUGACAAUUGGCACUUUCGAUGGUGGUGACCAAGGCUUGUUAAAUCUGUAUUUCCAUGAAUGGGCGACAAAAGACAUCAAUAAGCAUCUUCCAUUUACUUACAAUGUAGUAUCGCAAGCUUUCUAUAGUUACCUUCCUGCAUUUACUCAAUUCCGUGACAAUAUAAAAAUUGUGCACUUCAUCGGUGCAGUCAAGCCCUGGCAUCAUCCGUACGACAUGAAAACAGGCAACGUGAUGCCUCUUUCGGGGAGCGGGCAUAGCCAGGAGUUUCUGCAAAUGUGGUGGAGUAUCUUCAUGGAAUGUGUCCAACCAUCUCUCGACCCAGCAUUGAAGAAUUUGACGCCGCUCCGAUUGGUCCAGCUUCAACCACUAGCACGACCUGACCCAAAUCUCACGGAGCAUGAGUCGGCAUUUCUGUCUACUAACCUACAUAACCAUGAACCCACCUACCAAGUUGUCUUCCCCUAUGUUCCACCUCAGUUAGAUAAAGUCUUCUAUUCACCCCUGCUUUUGAAUCGCAAUGACAAUCAUUUGGAAAAGGGCAUUUCUAAUAUUGUAAUCGAAUCAUUUGAUGAACUUAAAAUUGUUACACCCAAAGUGAUCAGUAUUUCGCAACAGCCAGUUACAACAUAUUUGUGUUUUGAAACUCACUACCCAGAGGAACCACUUUCUCUCAUCGAUCCAGAAACCGAUUUAAGUGACAUUUAUUUAGCUUCGAUUCUUGAAUACGAGAUGAAUGUUAAAAAAAAUGCAAAUGGCCAGAUAACUAAAUCCAGUGCUGUCAUUAGUAAAAAGCCAGAAGAGAAAGUUGGACCCCAAAAAGAUUCUGGUAAAAAUCUACCAAACACUGGAAGCUCUGAAAAAAAAUGUGUCCCUGUCAAGUCAAAAGUACAAAAGCAAGGUGAAGACUACUUACAUAAAGGAGCAAGCGGUAGUAAUGGAAUUGAUGUACCUACUGCUACAGACCAACAGAGAGCAAAAACUAGGACUCAGUAUCCUACUUCUUGUGGUAAAACUCCUACCAGUGUGGGAGGCCUCGUCGGGCAGUUGGCUGGCAUGCAGGUCCAGGCAGACGAAGAAGGAGCACAGCAGGAGGGUAUCAUCGUGCUGGACGACCAGGAACGCAAGCUCGCCUGGGAACGAGGUCAGAUGGACUACCUUGGUGCCGACAGCUUCCAAAACAUUCAGAAAAAGCUGGAUAAAGCAAUGGCUGAACCUGUCUCUCCUAAACUUCAUAAAUCUCCUAAAUUGCCAACGUCUCCAGCACCCGAAGAGCCACUAGAAGAGAAACUAGAAAAGCCAGCAAAGAACUCAAAAGAGGCACCAAAAAAAGCUAAAAGUCCUCCCGUGUUCUCAGGUAAAUAAAUGGACGGUCUUAUGUUGUGCUUACCUCAAGGGAGACAACUCAUGCUACAAGAGAAACGGAUGCUUGAUUGAACACUAACUGCAUGGUUUGUGCCGACCAGUUGAAAUGCCAGUUUCCAUGGCAGCAGUUGAACGCUGAUGCGAUAUCGAUAUCCUUGGUUUGUUGUAUUUAAACGUGUUACAAUCCACCUGGUUUCUGCUAAUAAAAUGUUUUUCACUUGUU